CACAACACAAAAAAAGUUAUUUCGUUUUCGUUGUUCAUUAGAAAUUAUGCUUUGAAUAGAAUUACCUUGAUAAAUACUCUGAUAAUAUAUCUGUGAAUGAAACAUGAUAGAAAAGCUUUCACAAAAACGCAUGGUUUUCGGAAUCAGCUGUCUGAUAUUGUUGACAAUUGUAGUUUUGAUUAUUGAGUCCAAAUGGAUGAAGGCUGGAACACGUCGUCAGGAAUUUGUAAUUGAAAAUAAUUCUACUUGCUGGGUUCGCGAGUCAUAUGAGGUAAUCAGAGAUUGUCACCCGUGCACAGCAUUUGAAAUUACCAGUAAGUCCCAGGGAGUCUGUGUACAUACCCACAACAAAGAAGUACUCAAGUGCCUCAGCGGAGAGAUCGUGACGAGAAGCUGUGAUCGAGUUGCAUGGCUGGACGAAAAACACUACUGGUCAUUCCAGAUAACACUCACCAUUAUCGGCUGUUUGUCUACGGCAAUUUCGUUUCUACGACAAAAAUCGUUAAACCGAAGAGCUAUGCUUAAAAUUCAAAAUCAACUCGGAAACUGUUAA